ACUAUACGCUUUUUUGCAGUUCCACCAAGUUUAGUUACUACUCCAGUAAACCAGACCAUCAUGGAGGGCACCACAGCCACGUUCCACUGCACAGUCACCGGUAACCCUGUUCCAAAGAUAACAUGGACAAUGAAUGGAAAGACAGUAGGAUCAGGAGAAACACUGAGCUUUGAAACAAACAGGAAUCAGUCUGGGAAAUAUUGGUGCUCAGCGAACAAUGGAUUAGAUGUUAUUGCCAACGCAAGUGCUAAUCUCGAUGUCCUGUGUAAGUGAACUGCUACACUAUUGGAGCAACACUGCGCUUAUUCUGUGCUGAGAGAAGCUAAGUAAUUGUACAACUCUUUACGGCUGCGGGUUGUGCUAAAUAAAAGCUGUGCAGCUCUUUACUAAGACGACGACAAAGCGCGUUCACAUACCGUAAUGUAAAACAAAAUGAAUGGUAACGGAUAAUCAGGACAGUCAAGGAACAAUUUCACAGGUGGCCCAAGAGCCUUCUUCUAAAAACAAAAAAUUGCCUGAAUUGCAAGAAAGACAAGGUUGUUUAAGCUCUGCAUUUGAUUGGUUCAGAGCGGGGUCCGUGUUCCCUGGUUCAAUCUUAAAGUAAAGUAAGGGAAAACUAAUGAAAUCCAUAAUGACGUUCGAGUUUCAAUUGAGAAUUGUUUAAAGCACAUGGUAAAGAAGGCCACAUAUACAUUUGCUACAUAGUACUCACCUUUAAUUUUGCCUUUUCGGUUCAGAUAGGCCAAGUUUGACCACCACUCCGACAAACCACACCGCUCUUGAGGGUACCCUAGCGACAUUCCUCUGUGUGGCUGAUGGAAAUCCAACCCCAACGAUAACAUGGAAGAAAGAUGGGAAGACUUUGACUCACGGAGACACACUGAGCUUCGAAACAAACAGAACUCAAUCUGGCGAAUAUGUUUGUUCAGCAGAGAAUGGCUUGAAUUCUACUGUUAGUGCAAGCGCACAUCUCAACGUUCAAUGUAAGUAUUUGAUUUAAUUCCUGAGCCAUUUCGAUAAAUUACUCUGUGAUUCACGAGGCCAUGAUAUCUUUAUUUCUAUUUCAGACACAACUAGUUUAAUCACCAAACCAUCGGACACAGUAGUCAUGGAAAACCAAGAAGUGAAUCUUCAAUGUAGUGCCAUUGGGAACCCAACUCCAAAAAUAACGUGGAUCAAAGACGGGGAGGAAGUAGACACAGGAAAUAAACUCAGCUUCAAGGCCCUUAGGAGUCAAAGUGGAAGAUACUGGUGUUUGGCACAAAAUGGCUUAGAGGACAGUGUUAAUGCCAGUGCUUAUCUGGAUGUACAGUGUGAGUAUAAAAACAACGAAAUGAAGGGGAACAGCAACUUUGAAAUUCAGCUUACAAGUUUGUUAUUUGUACAAGGGUUUCAAGUGUUUUUCCGUAAAAGGCUGUUGAUAGGGCAGAAGGCGGCUGUGCCCAAAAAAGGGGCAGUAAGGCAAAACCUAAACACAUGAGCCUGCGGUAAGAGAUAGCCAGUUGUUCCUAUCUUCUGGUAACAGUACACUUCACACAUUUCCCGAACUAACAGAUGGCUCUCCGUGAAAAAAGUGUAUCAAAAUUGAACAUUAAUGACAUAAAGGUAUUUAUUUAUUUCAGUUCCACCAAGUCUAAUCACAACACCACUUGACCAGAGAGUUAUUGAAGGAGCCAAAGCAACAUUCCACUGCAAUGCCACAGGAAACCCAACCCCACAAAUAACAUGGAAAAAAGAUGGGGUGGUUGUUGCUGAAGGAGAAAGUCUGAGCUUCGAAACCAACAAGAAUCACUCUGGAAAAUACUUGUGCAUUGCAGAAAAUGGAUUGAAUUCUACUGCAAGUGCCAGUGCAAAUCUUGACGUUCAAUGUAAAUAAAUUCAACUUGCAUAUACAUGUAUCUGUAGAGUAAAGGAUCCAUGUGAUUCAAAAAAACUUAAAAAUUGCUCCUCUCUACCGUGUUCUUAUCUGAGUCGGAAAGUUUAAGGAGCUACUUUCUUAUUACAGCCUCACCCUAUUCCGUUUCAGACACGGGCUGAUUAAGGAGGCCUAUAUCUAGUAAAGGCAUUGUCAGUCUAUCCACUCGAGGCCUUCCACUUUCCACUGCUAGUUAAAUAUGAAGCUUGCAUGAUGGCUUGCAUUGGCCAUGAGAAAAAAAAGACCCACAUAUGAGAUUGGGGAUCUUGCGUAAAGCGUUAUGCAUACUCAAAAGUAUCAAUACUUCUGUCAUUCCAAAAGCAGGGAGUCUGAAUGAAGAACGUGUAUUUUUUUUUUAGUUGCACCAAGUUUGAUCACAACACCAACUGACCAAACAGUUAUGGAGGGAGCCGAAGCAAUAUUCUUCUGCAACGCCACAGGAAAUCCAAUCCCAAAGAUAACAUGGAUGAAAGAUGGAGAGAUCGUAGGUCAGGGAGACACACUCAGUUUUGGAACCAGCAGGAAUCAGUCUGGAAAAUACCUGUGUUCAGCAGAAAAUGGACUUAACUCAACAGUGAAUUCCACUGCUAAUCUUGAUGUUCAAUGUAUGUAUCUGUUGACAAUUUUGAAAAAAAUUUCUACAUUGAAGUAUAGUUGUAGAUCCCUUCAUAAUUUCUCGCAUUUUAUUCCUAGUUCCUCCAAUGUUUUCUACCAAACCAUCUGAUAAGACUGUCAUGGAAAGUGAACAAAUCACUUUCCACUGUACAGCCACUGGAAACCCAACCCCAACGAUAACAUGGCUAAAAGACGGAAACCGUUUGGCCGAGGGAGAAACGCUGAGUCUCACAGCCAACAGAACCCACUCUGGAAAAUACUGGUGUUUAGCAGACAAUAAUUUAGAUACAACAGUUAACACAAGUGCUUCCUUGGAUGUGCAGUGUAAGUACACAUCAGUACGCAGUCAGCUCUUUCUCUGUAGAACACUGAAUAAAAUGGCAGAGUUUCUUCCAUUCAAAUUCUUUGCUCACAUUUAAUAUCUAAACUAUUCUGAUCAAAGAUCCUCAGUAACACAGACACUUGGCAUUGAACAAAAAGGAGUUAGUCUUUGAGGGGGCUGACUGAAUGUACAGUAGAACCCUGAUAACCCAAACUCCUAACGGAAACGAAAAUGGUUGGAGCUUCACGUGGCAGGAAUUCGAGGUAGCUGGUUUUAAAUGACCAAGAAAAUAGGGUCAAGGGAAAUUCGAUCUUGUUUGGGUUACCAGGGGGUUUGACUCAACGGAAUUCAAGUUAGUGGGGUUCUACUUAAUAUGUUUAUCAUUAAAUAGUUGCCCAGCAUAAUGCAAUGGUCAGCUGGAUGAACUUUAGGAUCAACCCCUUAUUUUAUUAUCUAUUUGAUGCCCCAAUUUGUCCUGCAUGCAAUUACCAUAUUUAAGUAAUAACUGGAUAAAUACAUCAAGAUAUAUGUGUACCUUUUUUUUUCAGUUACACCAAGUUUAAUCACAACCCCAGAAGAUCACACAGUCAUGGAAUCUGAAACUGUAACAUUCUAUUGCAAUGCCACUGGCAACCCAACCCCGAGGAUAACAUGGAUUAGAGAUGGGAAGACUAUUGCUGAUGGAAACAUUCUGAGUCUUGAGACCAACAGGAAUCAGUCUGGAGAAUACUGGUGUUCAGCAGAGAAUGGACUUAACUCAACUGUGAAUGCCAGUGCUAAUCUUGAUGUUCAAUGUUAGUUUUGAUCAAAAACUUAAUAUUUUCUAAAUAUAUUUUAUUAACUAUUAAAUUUUCAACACGAAAAACAAUUGUCAUGCAAAGUUCAGCCAUCUUUCCUAUCUAUCAUGGAUAAAAUUUAUAACCAGGCAGACGUCAUGUGAGGGUAUAAGAUAACAUUGUAAUAAGUUAUAGUUUUGAAAUUCAAUGUUUAAAUAUGUAUGUUAUGUAUCUAAUGUACACUAAUAAGAAACACAACUUCUGCACAAUAAUUUGUAUCAUUAACUCUACAGUUCCUCCUAGUCUCAAAAUCAAACCACAGGAUCAGUCAAUUGUGGAAAAUAAGGAAGUGACUUUCCACUGCACUGCCACUGGCAACCCACCUCCAACUAUAACAUGGAUUGAAAAUGGGAAGACUGUGGCUCAGGGUGAUUCUUGGAGUUUUAUAGCUAAAAGAAAUCAUUCUGGAAAAUACUGGUGUUCUGCAACAAAUGGAUUGGAUAAAACAACCAAUAGUAGUGCCUACCUUAAUGUACAAUGUAAGUAUGGCUGAAAGGUGUUUGUAACUUAAUUGUAAGCAAUAUCGAUAAAUAAAUGCCCCAGACUUCCAGUAAUCUUAGUAAUGGCAAUUGUGCGCAAUUAUAAAUUUGAGGGGACAGAGAGGGAGGAUCUUGGUUGAAGCAGUGGGAUACAUAACUUCUCAAAAAGGUUGUGCAUAGAAAGCCUUCUGAGAGGAAGUCUGUUUUUGUACACAACAACAAGAAGGUUGAACUCAAUUUGAUGUCCCAAACAAGAACAAUAUCAUAGCCAUCACAAUGCAUUAGAAAUUUUUAGAUCAUUAAUUCACUGUAGUCAUUCAGUUUGGUAUACAUUCUUGUAUGAUCUUUUUCAGUUGCACCAAGCUUAAUUAUUACACCAGCUGACCAGACAGUACUUGAAAGUGAAACAGCAACCUUUUACUGCAAUGCCACUGGAAACCCAGCCCCAAAGAUAUCUUGGAUAAAAGAUGGGAAGACUGUGGCUCAUGGAGAAACACUGACCUUUAAAACAAACAGAACUCAGUCUGGAAAAUAUUGGUGUUCAGCAGAGAAUGGGUUGAAUUCUACUGUCAAUGCUAGUGCUAGUCUUGAUGUUCUGUGUAAGUACUUUGCAAGAAUUUUAUAAUUUUCAUAUUGUUAUCACAAAGAGUUUUUAGGCCAUAUUUCUUGCUAAUCUCUGAGUUUUCUUUGGAGUGGUAUUUGAUUUAUUUAGCCGGCCAUACAAAGAUAUUCCACCCACUAAAUUGACCUAACAUAGUGCACAUUCUAACAGAGAGAUAUUAUAUAUUGAUCGACAGUCAGGGAAUACUUAGUGCAUACAGUAUAUGUAUUCUACUGACAGUUUUUCAGCAGUUGCCUUAAGGUCAAUGACCAUUAAUCUGCCUGAGUACAAGAUGGAAUGUCAGCUAAUUGUUGAGAAAUUGAGAUUUGGGCUGAACAUUUAUUUUUGUAUCAGUUUACCACAGAUGAUCUUUAGGUUGAGUAUUACUCAAACAUCCAUUUGCUGUAGACCAACUAAAGUUAGGCUACUUAUGUGCUGAUCAAUUCGAAGCUUCAAUUACCACAUCCCCCCUCCCAUAAACCAAUCUUUGAAAGUUCAAAUGCCCCAGGGGCUGGGAUAUUGAAGCUUUGAAUUGAUUGGCAUAUUACACCACUCAUGAACCAGUUUCUGCAUCAUAUUAAAAAACUGUAUUGCACAAUAUGCCAGUUGUCUAUAUUCUAAGUGUUUAACCUAAUUUUUUUACAGUUCAACCAAGUUUCACAACUGAACCAUCCAAUCAAACAAUAGUUGAAAAUGAAGAGGUUAAUUUACAUUGCAUGGCCACUGGAAACCCAAUCCCUGAGAUAACAUGGAUCAAAGAUGGGAAGACUGUGGCUCAAGGAGACAAACUGAGUUUCAAAGCUAACAGAAGUCAUUCGGGAGAAUACUGGUGUAAAGCUGGAAGUGGUCUAAAUAUCUCUAUCAAUGCUAGUGCUUACCUGGACGUCCAAUGUAAGUGAAUGACUGUUUUGAAGUAGAUUUAGAGCUGUACACUAAAGUUAUCUUACUAGUCUUUUCCUAUACAAACAGACCAAAAAGGAAACAGAGGAAAUAUGAAAUAAUCUGAUACUUAUUGACUAAGUAUGGUUUUCACUGUAAUAGGUACAGAAGUCGACAUAUGCAUACAUGGCAUACCUUAGUUACCUAUAGAAAAGCUACCAAAGAUUUCGUAAACAGACAACUGCCUUAAAGGCCAGUUUUAUAUUCUACAAAGACACGCAUUCAUAUAUGCUUUUACAUUUUCAUGCUGGUUGAGCACUCUUCAAAUGUCCACACGACGCGCGUUUACCUAUACCUCCAUGAAGCUAGAAAUCUACUCCCUGAGUUAUUGAGAACCCUGAAUACGGCCAAAUCGAUGUUGCUUCUUUAGUAAAUUCUUUCUGAGCUAACAUUUUACUUACUAAGCGAAGCUGUCCAAGCAAGUUCUCGAUUUUAGUGGUGUUUGACUGUAUUUUCGAGCCCACGUUUGUAGCCUUCUCGUAUUUCAAGCGCGAUGUUUACCUCUUUCGUGUUUACGUUGUGUAAAGAUCACGAAGAACACCAUGUUAUUCAAAGGUGUGGCUGCUAAGCUCUAAUUGGAAAAAAAAUGAAGAUGGCGGUACUGUCGAGUGUGACAGUACUUACGCACGUAAACGGUGUGUGUAGGCGAUCUGUAGUUUACGCUGGGUGUAUCUCAAAAGGGAAUGCAGCAGCGAAAGUUUUUCGAACCCUACCGUGGAAAAGACGGGGAUCUCAAGAGGAAAAUAGCUCGUUUCGCAUUUCAAAACUAAGGUUUGGGGAUAAGAAGUUAUAAAUUUAACUCAAGUUAAUAGCUAUGGUCGAGUUAAUUUGAGUACUAUCCAUAGCGAUCAGACCUCGACACUUAAUUACUUUAUUGCAACGUAUUAUUUACUGCAUGUUCCAUUGGUGCAUUUAUAUAAAUUUCGACUCGAUUUGACUGCCUAUUGUUUGACGUUUCCUCUGGACGAUAAUUAGAUUAGAAUUGCCAGAAAUAUUCUGGGGUUUGGGACAUGAUUUGAUGCUACUUUGGUUUACAGAUUUAAUGAAUGUAACCGAAGAAGUUACAAUUCAUAGACCCAACGUUUCGACACUCCUGUCUAGUGCCUUCAUCAGGGGUGAUCCAAAUGCUGUAACAAGAGGUCCUUUCAUAUUCUGGGGUUUCCCUGCCUAGCGAGGCGACGAGGGCGGACUGUUCGCCUCUCAACUCUCAACCUUGGUUUUAGUUUUGCCUAAAGGUUGGUCAAUCACUAAGUUUUGGGCAGCAAAACCAGAGCAAUUCCAGUGUUAAAACUUUCAGUCCAAAACCAAAAACAAAAAUAAAAAACAAAACAAAAAACUAAGGAACAACCUAACAGGUUACAAGCUCAGCGCCCAAACAACUAAGCUACACUGCCUCUAAUUCUACGUACUAAUACAGUGAGUUGAGAAUUUGUAUCAUUUGAAGAAACUGAAAAUUUUGACAGAAUGUUGGAUCAAUAUAAGUAACUGGGCAACUACCCACCUACCCCUCCCCUAAACCAACAUUAACCCUAAUUUGUCAUUAAUUGACUGCCGUUGGGUUAGGGGAGGGGUAGGUGGGCAGUAGCCCAGAUACUGAUAUUGAUCCAAAAUGUUAAACAAGUAAUUAUUCAAAACUUGUUAUUAAAAAGCUUGCCGAAUUUCAUUUCUUGAGAAAUUUUAAGCUCAUAUUGUGUUUCCAUUUUUUGUUUAGUUGCACCUGGUUUAAUUACGGAACCAGUUGACCAAACUGUUACUGAAUCGGAAAAUGUAACAUUCCACUGCAAUGCCAUCGGGAAUCCAACUCCAAAGAUAUCAUGGAUGAAAGAUGGGAAGACUGUGGCUGAAGGAAAAACACUGAGCUUUGAAACCAACAGGAAUCAAUCUGGAAAAUACUGGUGUUUAGCAGAGAAUGGACUAAAUUCCACUGUUAAUGCAAGUGCCACUCUAGAUGUCCAAUGUAAGUUGGUUAAACAUGAUUAUAAAUCUUACAUGAAUUAUCUAUAUUGCAUCUUUUUUUAACUUCUUGGUAAUGAAAAAAACCCAAACAAUGAACUGUAAUUAGAGCUAUAUUUUACUUUUAUGUAUUAGAAACUCAUCUGACUUUAGCAGGGGGUUUCAAGAAAAGCAUGCACUGGUGAUCUGUGGUCGCCUAAAAGACCUCUUGCUGCUGUCUGUUUAGUAUAUGUAAUCACAUGAGGCCAAGUACUAUUAAGGAUUAAUUGCACGAGAGUUUUCAAAAUUUUCCAAAAUUGCCCGAGUCGCGAAGCGACGAGGGCAAUUUGCAAUAAAUCAAAUAAAUCAGUUGGAAAAUUUUGAAAACUCAAGUGCAAUUAAUCCUUAAUAGUACGAGGUCUCAUGGGAUUACUUGUUUAUCAAUAAAGGGCAAAAUUUAUAUGAAGGAAAAUCACGCGCGCAGUCUAUUUUUAUCUGGGAAGCCUGUUUAGCGCUACGGCAAAUCAUUAAUCAAAUUGAACUGACCAAUCGAUUCAAUGAAAUUUUAUUCUCCAAAACUGUGUCGUGAUACACUGCCAAAAGUCUAGAAAACAAAGCUUAUUUCAACAGAGCGUUUCUGCCAACAGAAAAACAACAAAGUGCUUUUAACUGAACAAGGUAAUCAUGCCCUCUCUUGAUUACUAAAAAUGCCCUCGAUUAAGAAAAAAUGCCCUCUCUCUCAACCAAUCAGCGCUCAGUAAUUUUGCCCUUUAUUGAUAAGUCUGCAAACAGGUCCUUGUGUUCAGGUUGUUUUCCUGGUAAAGCUGCAUAUUACAUCCUCGACAGCCACAAUUCUUGAAACCCUUGCUUAAGUACUUUAUGAUGGAUCAGUUUAACUGCUUCUGUUUGACUUCAUUAAAGGAACAAAACUAUAAACCUGGAUACAAAUUUUUAAGAUUCAACAGCUUAUUCAUAAAUUUGUUGUGCUCCUAGUUCCACCCAGUUUUACCACCAAGCCUUCUAACAAGACCGUUGUUGAAAAUAAGGUGGUGGCAUUUUACUGUGCUGCCAUUGGUAACCCUGUUCCAAAAAUAACCUGGAUGAAAGAUGGAAAGGUAGUAUCACAAGGAGAGAGUCUUUCCUUUGGAGCGAUCAGAAGUAAGGCUGGAAAGUACUGGUGUUCAGUGAAUAAUGGCUUGGGUGUUGCUGUCAACGCAAGUGCUCAUCUGGAUGUACAAUGUGAGUAUUGCAAUUUCAUUUUGGAGAAAUGAACAGACUCAUUGAGUACAAAGCCAGAACAAAAGGCCACAGAUAAAUAUAUUGUCAUUUUGUCAUGAAUGCCAUUAAGACAUACAAGUCAGGAAUAAUUCUUUUUUUGCCUAGGAGAUUUACUCUUUGCCAAUUGUUGAUUUUGUGCUAAAAACCACUUCCAGAGAUUGGAAAAGGCUAAGGGGAUUUUAUUUGGAAGGGAUUCCAUGGAUUUUACACAAAUUUUACUGUAUGAAGAUUUUAGAUAUAUGAAAAUUCAUAUAUUUGCACUGCGGUGGAGAGAUGAAAUUAAGAGAUCCUCGCAGCUAAGAACACUACUGAAACGAGCAGUUGUAAAUAGGACCUGAAAAAAAUUCAGGCCCGUACGGGAUUUGAACCCAUGACCUCUGUGAUACCGGUGCAGCACUCUACCAAUUGAGCUAACAAGCCAACUGGGAGCUGGUCAAUGAAUUGGGUCCAAAUAAACAUCCAAGUGAAUGAAGAUUUUAGAUAUAAUCUAAAAUCUUCAUUUUCUUGAAUUUUUUUCAGGUCCUAUUUACAACUGCUCGUUUCAGUAGUGUUCUUAGCUGUGAGGAUCUCUUAAAUUUUACUGUGUUUUACAAAUAUCAAUUCAAUAUUCUAUAAUUUGGCAGUUGCACCAAGUUUAAUCACAAAACCAACAAACCAGACAGUAAUUGAGUCCAAAACUGUAACAUUCAACUGCUCUGCUACUGGGAACCCAACCCCAAAGAUAACUUGGCUAAAAGAUGGGACUACUGUUGGUCAUGGAGAAACACUGAGCUUUGAAGCGAACAGGAAUCAAUCUGGAAAAUAUUGGUGCACAGCUGAGAAUGGAUUGAGUGUGAUUGUGAAUGCCAGUGCUAUUCUUGAUGUACAAUGUAAGUGAAAAUUUUGCAUUUACGUAGAUAUUUGGGUAGACAUGGAAUAAUUCUUUAACUUCCAAGAUGUCCUAUUGGCUUGUGAAUUCCCCCCUCUAGCUGGUACACAUUUCCUUGUAAAUCAGUGAGAAGAAUUUAGUGGUUAUCAAGAUAACAACAUCUGCCUGAUAAGUUUAAAUAUUUUUGUUACUAGUUUGCUGGAUGAUAUCUGGAUAUCAUGUGGAGAAGUAACAUGUACAUGUUAAUCACAUUUGGGAGUUAAAAAAUGGAUUUAGGCAACAAAGGGCUGCUUUUGAUUAAUGCAGCCAUGUAGUAUUUGUAAGUUUUUUUUUGAGCUAUGUCAAUCAAGAACUUCCAGUGCAAGUCUUUGAGAAACAGUUAACUGUUAGCUAUUUUUCAGUUAUUUUUUUAAAGAUAUAUCUCUAUUGACUGAUGAAAUGAUUUUUCCCUAGUGAAAGGGUAAUUAUUACUCUUAAACUUUACAUAGCCUGUUUUUUUUUAUCAUUAAUGAGUAUAAUCAAAUUGUUUUAGUUCCACCAAGCAUAAUAACCAGGCCAUCAGAUCAAACGAUCAUUGAAAACAAAAGGAUAACCUUCCACUGUACUGCCACUGGGAACCCAAUUCCAAAGGUAUCAUGGCUGAAAGGUGGAGAGACUGUGGCUAAAGGAGAAACACUGAGCUUUGAAGCCAACAGAAAUCAAUCAGGAAACUACUGGUGUUCAGUAGAAAAUGGUCUGGGUGUCACAGUGAACACCAGUGCCCACCUUAAUGUACAAUGUAAGUGAUGUAUAGCAUAUUUGCCCUUUCACUUCCAGGAGUGGUCAAAAAGGAAUUUCUUCCUACAAUUUCUAUGAUGGAAUGAAAGUCUUCAAUGGUUAGCCUUUGGCCCUUUUGAGGAUUAAUUUAGAAGAUGAAAUUAGGACAUAUAAUAAUGAAUGAAUGUCUUUUCUAGACCCACCAAGUUUGACCACAAAACCAGUUGAUCAGGUUGUCCUUGAAGGCAAAGAAACUACCUUCCACUGUGCUGCAGAUGGGAACCCUGUGCCUGAGAUAAAGUGGAUGAAAGAUGGCAAGACUGUGGCUACUCAAGGAUUGCUUAUCUUUGAAGCUAUGAGGAAUCAAUCUGGGGAAUAUUGGUGUUCUGUGGAAAAUGGACUGAAUUCUACUGUUAAUGCUAGUGCUACUCUUGAUGUUCAGUGUAAGUGAGAAUGCUAUAUCUUAUUGAGAAUUUCUAUGGACUCUGAGGCUGCAGGGAUGUCUACAGGUGGACCAGUGUUCUUGAAUGCUGAAGUUUCCUGUUCCCCACAGGAAAUAAAAUUUAGCCAAGCUGAGUGCUGAUCCAAUUUUUAUCUCCAUCACCAAUGCACAACAGUUACACGUGUGAUACUUUAGUUUUACACUAUCUCCAGUUUGUGUACUUUUGAAGAGUAGAGGUUGAUCAGUUGAGAAGGAGCAAAGCUUUUCAGGAUUAUGUUUUGUCAUUGAAUCCUUUUUUCUGUCCCUCCAGUUCCCAUGCAUAAAUCUUUCUAAGUACCUGACUUAACUGCAAUGUUAUCACUCCUAAAACAUCUUUCCUAGUAUUGCGUCAAUUGGCAGCUACCUCAAGUCAUAGGGUGUGGCUGAUCUACUUUGGUGACCUCUGGCACUCCUCACUGCCAUUGCUUUUUAGGUUUACCAUCCCUGUGCAAAAGUCAAAUCCAAGUUCUUGUUAUCAGCUUGAUUUUAUAAGUACUUAUUGAGGUCUGAAACACCAAGCAGACUCAGCACUAGGGCAUGUGUAGGCUGGGGGUUUUGCCAAGAAGGAAUCAUAGUCUUAUAUCAAGGAAUAGUAGUCACAAGGCCUUUCUCUUGAACCUCUCUUACAGAUUUGCCAAAUUUUGUGAACAAGCCUGUUAACCAAACAGUAAAAGAGACUGACAUGGUAACGUUUCAUUGCAAUGCCACUGGAAACCCGUUGCCAAAUGUAACUUGGUACAAGGAUGGAAAGACUGUGGCACAUGGAGAGACACUAAGAUUUGAAAGCAACAGGAAUAAUUCUGGACAUUACUGGUGCAUGGCAGAGAAUGGCUUAAAGACAGUAAUGAACACCAGUGCAUAUCUUGAUGUGCUUUGUAAGUAGAAAUGCAAAAUAGCUUGAUUAUUUGUCCAUAUUAUUUCUGUAGGGGUGAUUGAGAACAUGUUUGAUUGAGUGGAAUAAGCACAAUUUGUUUAGUGUUAUUUCUAUUUUGUAAUACAAAUAUCAAUACUUUCAAAGGUAGUCUACAUUCCCCUGCUAUAGUAGUUUGACUUCACUUAACACUCAAAAAUCGACUUGUAUUUAAAAAUGCAUCCACAGUAUUAUAUGAGGAAUCAAUGGUAAAAUCCCAGAAUUGUGGGAUUCUUUGAUCAUUCACUCUGACAAAGGGCUAACAUUUGAAGCUUAGUUUUGGAAACUUGGUAUGGUGGCCACUUUACAUUUUUGACUCAGUUGAUGCACCAAGUUAUCUUAUAAUGCCUGCUAUCAGUGCAGCACCACAGUUUUGAUCAUAAGUUUGCAAAUCUAAGACAGAAAGUGAGACUCGUUAUUUCUGACGUUUUAUACAGAGCUGUGAUAUCCUCUUUUAUGUUUGUUUGUAACUACGUAUCAACUUCCACAGUAAAAUGCUUUUAAAUCACAACCAUCAUAACCAAAUUUUCUUCACUCACAACAAUAAAUCUAAGCUUAUCUAUCGACAUUUUGAGCAAGAGACUGGGUAAGAAAUAAAAAUCUCAGAACUCAAGAACUUGUAAAGAAAUGUGAGACUCCAAGAACAAAUUAAAAUUACCUAUGAAUAAGACUUUUGGACAUCUUUUAAGGAGAUUUUGAGAUCGAGUAAAAAGUUUUCAAGACUUUUGAUUUUCUAAGGAAGCCUCUGCUAAUCUUGCCUGUGACUAUCCUUUCAAUGUAUCACAACUGAUUUUCUUUGUUGCAGUUGCACCAAGCCUAACCACUGCACCCAGUAACCAAACAGUUCUUGAGUCGGAUGAAGCAACUUUCCAAUGCAUUGCCACUGGUAACCCAACCCCAAAGAUAACGUGGACUAAAGAUGGGAUGACUGUGGGUUCUGGAGAGAUUCUAAGAUUCCCAGCAAGCAGGAACCAAUCUGGGAAAUACUGGUGUUCAGCAGAGAAUGGAUUCAAAGCCACUGUCAAUGCUAGUGCCUAUCUUGAUGUGCAUUGUAAGUAAUUUGGCAAAAGUCAUUGAUUUUAUGAUCAUUGUGGUUCAGGGUCCCAAGCUCAUCUUGUUUCAGAGAUGCUAUUCUCAACAUGGUCUCCCGAAACAAAAAUUUGGUCACCAGAAAGGAAGGGGGGCAAAUGAAAGAGGCAUCUUUUUCGCAGUGGUACAUAAUAUGUCAAUUAAAUGUCACACCUUCUUCCGCACCCCCCUUUUUAACCAUGGCAAAGCCACAACAAUUUGGGCAAUUUGGUUCAGAAUAAGUCGCUCAAUUGUUUUAUUACUCGCCAAUGACCAAAAGGGUUGCAGCUUGGAGCACUGCAGUUAUGUCUAAGCUGUUAAAGGGUAGUACUGUAACCCUUUGACUUACCCCUUUGACUUUUUUGACAAGCAACCAAUUCCUCCUUACAAUAACACACCUGAAUCAAAGAUUAAGGCACGAGAAUAAAGGAAAUGAUCACCAACUAAAGAAUCUAUUGAUUGUUAAAGAAAUUCUCCUUAUCAGCACCUUUGGAAAUGUAUAGAGAACAGUAUGGAGAAUAUGCAUACUGAUGUUAGGGUGUAAACGGUCAACAUCGAAUAUUCGUCCCUUUCAGUCGCACCAAGUCUCACGGGUGAAAAGGUUAACAAGACGGUCAAUGAAUCUGAUGAAGUGACUCUCCAUUGCGAUGCAAUUGGUAACCCUGCACCAAGGAUAACGUGGAUUAAGGAUGGGAAACCUGUGGCUUAUGGCGAUACACUACGCUUCACAGCUCUGAGGAAUGAUUCCGGAAUAUACCUGUGUUUGGCAGAUAACGGGUUGAAUGUCACUGUCAAAACGAGAACUCACCUUAAUGUACAAUGUGAGUAUUUAUUUGACAGUUAAAGAGUUGGAAUUCUCAACCAAGUUUUUUUCCUUCUGCAAAUGAAUUUAAGAGAUCGGUUGUUUUUUGUUGCCGAGGGGGUGGAGAUGGGGUUCGUAGUCUUUUGGUUGUCACACAGCAAAAUUCGCCUGUUCCCCCAUAGGGCUCUGAUGUAUUCUAUUUACCUCGUGGAUCAAUAUCAGUAUCUGGACAACUGCCCACCUACCCCUCCCUUAACCCAACAUUAACCCUUAGUUGUUAUCAAUUGACUGUUGUUGAGUUAGGGGAGGGGUGGGUGGGCAGUUGCUCAGAUACUGAUAUUGAUCCGACCUCCCCUCAUUUGCAGUCAAUUUUCCAUAGUACCCCCUUCAUGCUUUCUUUUGACAACCAUACCUCCCUCCUCCUCCCAGAAAACCAUGUGAUUCCUCUCCCAAAUCCCUCAACCCUCCCCAAGCAAUACGUAAUGACUGUUACCUAACAAGACUGUUUGAGAGAGAGGUGAAGAAAAACCGAUACAUUCCGGUUUUAAUUUCGACACUCGAUUUAAAAGUGUUGUGACAGAGCAGUAACUGGAUGAGUAAGAAAAUGCUUUAGUUAUGUUAUCACAAAUCUACUUUAGAUUGAGAAAUCUUCUGAUUAGCGCAACUUAAUUUACAUAAUAUCUUGUUAAAUUUCAUGGAUUAAAUUGUCAUAAGCUAGCUGCAAACUUAACCCCUUCUUUUAUAGAUCCUCCAAGCUUCUCCAUAAAACCUUCUGACAAAACUGUCGCAGAGGCUGAUGACGUAACGUUUACCUGUAAUGCAACCGGUAACCCAACCCCAAAGAUAGUGUGGAUCAAGGAUGGUACGACUGUGUCUCAUGGGGAAACUUUGAGUUUGACGCCGAAUAAGGGUGAAUCUGGAGAGUACUGGUGUUCUGCGGAGAAUGGACUGGGUCCUGCUAUCAACACAAGUGCCUAUCUUGAUGUACAAUGUGAGUAAAAACAUGACACGAGUAUGUUAUCUUACGAUUGCAAUUCUCUGAUUUAGCAGCGGAUAAACGCACGCACUAGUUGCAAAACAAUGAUCUUCUCCGGUCCAUUGUAGUUCCAGCAAACCUAACAACUACACCAGUAAAUCAAACUGUCCUCGAAGGAGAAACAGCCACAUUGGAUUGUGCAGCCUCUGGUAACCCAACACCAAACAUAUCUUGGAUCAAGGAUGGGAUUACUGUGGGUAAAGGAGAUCACCUCAGCUUAGUAGUCAACAGGAAUCAGUCCGGAAAUUACUGGUGUGUGGCAGAAAAUGGAUUUCAAACUAUUGCCAAUGCUAGUGCCUAUCUGAAUGUGCUGUGUAAGUAUCAAAUGGUUGUUUUAAGUACUUACUUGAUAGUGUAAAUUCCGGUUGCAUGUUGUAAACGAAAACCAAAGUUAUCUCGAUGGCCAUUUACAACAAAGGAAAAUAUAACAGGAGCGAGGAAAGAGACCUAUGCGCAGUAAAACGUUGAUUGUCAAGUCACAAUCACUUUUGAGUUUUACGCCUUUGAUUGGUGCGGAGUAUUGAAAAGUUUCCAAAACCAUGAAUGAACACAAUGGAGCAAAAUUUGUUGAGUUCCGGAUUUCUACUAAUAUCACUUCAAAAUGGCUUCAGUACGCAACAUAAUCGGUCAAUUUGACCUUUUCAAAUCAUUUGAGAAUAUUCUUCGUCCCAUACCGGGAGGUACAAUGUUAUUUUUAUAAUUUCCGUAUUAUUAAUUGUCUCCGGACUUCGUGCGUGAGACGUCUUCAGCAUUUUAUUGUUAUCCAAUGGUUAUUUAUUCGAUUUACAGUUGCACCGAGCAUUACAGUCCGACCGACUAAUCAAACCGUUGAAGAGGGUGGCGUAGCUACGUUCAACUGCAGUGCCAUCGGAAACCCAGUCCCAAAUAUAACCUGGAUUAACAAUGGGAAGACUGUGGCUCAGGGAAACACACUGAAUAUUGAUGCCAACAGGAAUAAUUCUGGAAGAUACUGGUGUUUAGCAGAUAACGGAUUGAAACCAAUUGUCAACGCUAGUGCCAAUCUUGAUGUGCAAUGUAAGUUCGUGAUAGAUAUUAGGUUAAUGGAACAGUAAAACGAGAGAAGUCCAACAACUUAGUGGCAAGAAUGAAUUAAAUGUAUACAAGGAUGGCUAGAUUUGCAAAGGCAAGGAUUGAAAAUUGUGAACUAAAAAAAUUCAAAGUGAGGUGGCUCUGUAAAGAAUAAUAAUUGUAUGAACGUCAUUUAUAUCUUUUCAAUUUUUACUUUUUCAGUUUCACCGAGUAUUACCAUUAAGCCAACUGACAAGACUAUUACCGAGGGCGACAUGGUAGCAUUCCGCUGCGCGGCUAGUGGGAAUCCAAUUCCAGAGAUAAAAUGGAUCAAAGAUGGGAAGACUUUGGCUGAGGGUGACACACUUAGCCUUAAAACAAACAGAACUCAAGCUGGAAAGUACUGGUGUUCAGCGCAGAAUGGAGUGAAGCCUGCAGUUAAUGCUAGCGCCAAUCUUGAUGUUCAGUGUAAGUACACAGGGUUGUAGAUAAGAGCCGGUAGCCGGCGAAGUAGGCCGGCUUCUCUGCUAGGUUUCGUCGGCUACUUUCAUUGCUUCUAGAACCCGAAGAGAGAUGAUGUUCAUCAGGUCUAAACUUGGGCUCAAAAAAAAAAAAUUUUCACUGCCUAUCUUUUCUGAAAACAUAAAAAGACUUCUGACUCAAGGUUAGUCUAAAAACGUUCUGAUGGGGACUGGCUUUUUGACAAAUCUUGCAGCGGUGGCAGGAAAGUACGAAAGAUAUGACGUUUUGUCCGCCAUAUUGGAUUUCGAGACCCACAACCGGUUACCUUUAAAAAAGCUCCGGCUACUUAAAACCUUAAAGAAAACCCUGGUACAAUAUAAUUAUACCACAAGAAUAUGGUGAACAUCAGGGGUUCGAAAUUAUGCUUGUUACGCAGGCACACAGAGAUGAUCGAUCUUUUUUUAGUCAGUCUGCAGUUGUAACAAUCUGUUCAUCGCAGGGUCCGAUUCAUGACACUUUUUGCCCAAAAGCGGUUAUAGGACCUUUAUUUUUUACCUCAUUUUCCUUUUCGUAAACGAUCACCAAUCUAGUAUUUAAAACCGCUAGGAAAAAAAAUGGUUUAUUGCUCACUCUGUUUUGCUUUUAUCCAUUGUUUCAGUUCCACCAAGCUUUACUGCGAGACCAAGCAACCAAACUGUUGUCGAGGGAAUGAAUGUAACUUUCCUUUGCACUGCCACUGGGAACCCAACUCCGACUUUAACGUGGAUGAAAGAUGGGAGUUCUGUGGCUGAAGGAGAGACUCUCGGCUUUGAAACCAGCAGGAAUGAUUCUGGAAAAUAUUGGUGUUUGGCUAAGAAUGGGCUGGGUGAAGCUAUCAAUACAACUGUCUAUCUUGAUGUACAAUGUAAGUUUAAAAAGAAACAAGAAAAGUAUUUUCACAAAAAAUAUUAUGACAAUGCCAACGAAGUGAAAAAAAAAUUCAAUUCGUGCCGUGUAACUUGGCUGAAUUUGUGUAUGUUCCAAAACACUAGAAACAUGAAAAAGGCGAGAGAAGCGAUAUGAAUAUCAUAUCUGCAAACCUCCUUUGAAGAUCUUCCUGUAGCCGAUAGUGAUAUCCUUUCGUGAUGUUAAAAUUAAAGGAAACCUGAGCUUUUUUUAAUGUGACAAUUCCCGAUUCCCACACUUUAACAUCCUGUCUCUAUCGAGAGACACUAGUGCGUUAGGAAUAAGACCGAAAGCAAAUAGGAAUGGCUAACUCAGAGAGGGGAUUGGAAUAUAUUGUAAAUGGAAACUUGAUUGGUUUUCAAUUUAUUGUUGAGAUGAACAAGUCGUAACUCGGCUGCGUAAUUGAAAACUUAUAUCCUUUUAUUCAUCACUAAGUUUCCCCGAGUAAUAUCAGCCAACCAACGGAUAAGACUGUUAUUGAGGGAGAUAUGGCAACCUUCCAGUGUACUGCCACUGGCAACCCAGCUCCUAAUAUAACGUGGAAGAAAGAUGGGAAGACUGUGGCUGAAGGAGACACACUUAGCUUCAAACCGAACAGAACUCAAUCUGGAAAAUACUGGUGUUUGGCAGAUAACGGAUUGAAGCCUCCUGUAAAUACCAGCGCCAAUCUUGAUGUCCAGUGUAAGUACUUUAGCAUUGUACUUUCUUGA